AUUCCCACUAUUAUUUGUCAAAAAGAAAUAAAAAAUCCCAAGAAAUAUAAUACAAAAAGAAAAAAAAAAAAAAAAACAAUGGCAACGAGCAAGCAUCUAAUCGGGUUCCUGAACUUCCUAAGUUUCCUCCUCUCCAUCCCGAUACUCGGCGGCGGGAUAUGGCUGAGCAGCCGCGCCAACACCACCGACUGCCUCCAGUUCCUCCAGUGGCCGCUCAUCAUCAUCGGCGUAUCCAUCAUGGUGGUCUCACUCGCGGGAUUAGCCGGCGCGUGCUACCGCAACAUAUUCCUCAUGUACGUCUACCUGUGGUCCAUGUUCGUCAUCAUCGCCGCCCUCGUCGGCUUCGUCGUCUUCGCCUACUCCGUCACCGAGAGGGGCUCCGGCCGGCCCGUCAUGAACCGGGUUUACCUUGACUACUCUCUUCAGGAUUACUCCGGCUGGCUCGCCGACCGCGUGGCUGAUCAGAGGUACUGGGCUAAGAUCAGUUCUUGCAUUAGGGACUCCCACGUGUGCCGGAAAAUGGCCAGGUCCGCCGGCGGUGCACCUGAGUCCGCCGACUUGUUUUAUCUCAGGAAACUCACUCCCGUUCAGUCGGGAUGUUGUAAGCCGCCAACAUCAUGCGGCUACACGUAUAUGAACGAGACGUACUGGGCCCCAGGCGAGGGGUUGACCGGGAUUGACACCGACUGCCUACGCUGGAGCAACGAUCAGCUGCAGCUCUGCUACGGCUGCGGCUCAUGCAAAGCCGGCGUGUUAGCCAGCCUCAAGACAAGCUGGAGAAAAGUCUCCGUUAUUAAUAUUGUUAUUUUAAUUAUCCUUGUUCUUCUAUACGUCGUCGCUUGGGCCGCUUUUCGCCACAUCAAAUCCAUUGACAAUGAAGAAGCCCAUGGCGAAACCCGCAUGGAGAAAGCCCGGCCCACCUACCUCAUUUAAUAUAAUAUAUUUUUUAAUUUAAUAAUAUUAUGUUUUGGUUAUUUUAUGUAAUUUUUAUUUUUGUACCGUCAUGCUAUAGAAAUGCUUUGUCCAUUAUUUAUUUAUUGAGCAAUUACUGCCACUCAUGCGUUAUGGUCAAA